AUGCAGUGUGCAAUCUGGCUGGUGGGACUCGCGUGUCAUCUGUCAACGCUUGUGCGGCUCGCCGCGCAGUACCGGUUACAUCCAAAACAAGAAGUCUUCAUCAAGCAGCUGUCAUCGUACGAGAUCACCAACCCACUGCGGGUCAAUGACUUCGGAGAGUCCUUCCCGCACACGUUGCACUACAAGCGCAGACGCAGAAGUUUAAACGAAGCGGUGUCCGUCCCGCGGCACCACUAUCGGAUCGACGCGUUCGGACAACGCUUCCAACUCAACCUGAGCGCGUAUUCGGACUUCAUCGCGCCCGCCUACGCGGUCACACACUUGGGAGCGCCCGGGGAGAGUCACUCGGAGGAGACCGCGGAUAUUCGCCACUGCUUCUUCCGAGGACACGUCAACUCCCGGGAGGAGCAGCCGGCGGUGUUCAGCCUGUGCACCGGCCUGAUUGGCACUUUCACAACACCAGACGGCGAAUACUUCUUGGAGCCUCUCCUGAGCGCCGAGGGGGAAGAAGAAUACGACGACGAGCAUCACAAACCCCAUCUGGUCUAUCGUCACGAGAGGAAGCGCAACAGCUCCAGCGAAAGAGAGCCUUGUUUGACCUCAGACUACAGCGAGAGAAUCGUGUCGUCGGAGGGUCAGAGGAACAUGAGUGACGAGCUGGACACUCUCCAAGCUGCCAUUGAUGUGCAGAAUGCCAAUGCGUCUGACGAAACUAAGCAUCCGCGCAGACGCAAGCGCUUUCUCUCCUACCCACGCUACGUCGAACUGAUGGUGACGGCUGACGCCAAGAUGGCACGUCACCAUGGACGCAAUCUGGAGCAUUACAUCCUAACAAUCAUGUCAGUAGUAGCAGCAGUGUACAAGGACCCCAGCGUGGGAAACCUCAUCAAUAUCAUGAUUGUAAAGCUGAUCGUCAUCCACAAUGAACAGGACGGCCCCACAGUGAGUUUCAAUGCCGCCACCACUCUGCACAACUUCUGCACGUGGCAGCAGAAGCAAAAUGUCAAGGACGACAGCCACCCCUCUCACCAUGACACCGCACUCCUCAUCACCAGGGAGGACAUCUGCCGCGCAAAAGACAAGUGUGACACUCUUGGGCUUGCAGAACUGGGGACCAUGUGCGACCAAUACCGCAGCUGUUCUAUCAGUGAAGAAAACGGAAUCAGCGCCUCCUUCACCAUUGCUCACGAGUUGGGCCAUGUGUUCAACAUGCCCCAUGACGAUAACCCCAAAUGUCGAGAGGCUGGCAUGAAGCACCAGUAUCACGUCAUGGCGCCCACCCUCAACCAUGACACCAACCCCUGGUCAUGGUCCAAGUGCAGUCGCAAGUACAUCACAGAGUUUCUUGACACUGGUUACGGGGAGUGCCUUUUAGAUGAGCCUGUUGGCAGAACGUAUGAGUUGCCUACCCUUCUCCCUGGUCAAAUCUACAAUGCUAACAGACAAUGUGAACUCAUGUUUGGACCCGGUUCCCAAAUUUGCCCUUACAUGAAACAAUGUAAGAGACUAUGGUGUACAAGUGCAGAGGGGGACCACAAAGGAUGCCGUACACAACACAUGCCGCUGGCUGACGGGACUGAAUGCGGGCAUGGAAUGUAUUGCAGACAUGGCAUGUGUAUCAACAAGGAGCUGCACCUGCAACCAGUCCAUGGGGAAUGGGGUGCUUGGGGGCCUUACAGCGCUUGCUCCAGGUCCUGCGGCGGAGGGACGCGGAGCACCACCAGAGACUGCAAUAAGCCAGAGCCUAGAAAUGGUGGUAAGUUCUGCGUAGGACGACGGAUGAAGUUCCGUUCCUGCAACACCGAGCCAUGUCCGCGAGGUCGAAAAGACUUCCGUGAAGAUCAAUGCUCACAGUUCGACGGCAAGCACUUCAACAUCAAUGGUCUACCUCCAACCGUCCGCUGGGUCCCAAAAUACAGCGGCAUACAAUUAAACGAUCGUUGCAAGCUUUUCUGCCGGGUUGCUGGGACAACGGCGUAUUACCAGCUGAAGGACCGCGUCAUUGAUGGCACGCCGUGUGGCCCGGACACCUACGACAUCUGCGUUCAAGGCCUCUGCAGGCAAGCAGGCUGUGAUCACGUCCUGAACUCAAAGGCCAGGAAUGACAAAUGCGGUGUGUGUGGUGGAGACAACUCAUCGUGCAAAACCCAAGCGGGGACAUUCAACGAUGCUCAGUAUGGCUACAACACAGUGGUCCGCAUCCCAGCUGGUGCUACCAACAUUGAUAUUAAGCAGGUCAGCUACUCCGGAAAGCCAGAAGAUGACAACUACCUCGCAUUAUCUGACAGCAAGUCAAACUUCCUGCUGAAUGGGAACUUUGUGGUGGCCGUGUUCAAGAGGGAAAUCACCUUCAAGGGAACGGUCAUCGAGUACAGUGGCUCUAACACCAAAGUGGAGCGUAUCAACUGCACUGAUCGAAUUGAAGAGGAGCUCGUACUACAGGUCUUAUGUGUGGGAAACCUUUACAACCCGGAUGUCCGCUAUUCCUUCAACAUACCCAUCGAGAAGCACAGAGAGCAGUUUGUCUGGGAUCCCUCGGGCCCUUGGCUGGAGUGCAACCGCAUUUGUCAGGGUGAACGGCGGCGGAAGGCAGCUUGUGUGCGGAAGAGCGAUCACCUCGAGGUUUCAGACCAGAGAUGUGAACAUUUACCUCGACCCGUCACUAUCACUGAGUCCUGCAACAACGACUGUGAAGUUAGGUGGCAUGUUGCCGGGAAGAGUGAAUGUUCAGCAAAGUGCGGUGCAGGUUACCGCAGCCUGGACAUACAGUGCAUGAAGUACAACCUGAUGAAGAGGCAAAGCGAAAGAGUGGAGGCCUCUGCCUGUGUCGACGUGGUCAAACCUGCAACUCGAGAGAGUUGCCAUGGCGAUUGUCUUCUCAAGAGCUGGCAAUACAGUUCAUGGUCACAGUGCUCCAAGACGUGUGGACGAGGGAGUCGAAAUCGAGAGUCGUACUGCAUGAACAAUCUUGGCCGGCGACUGGUAGACAGUGAGUGUAGUGAAUACCAGAGAGUGGUCAUGGAAGCCUGCAAUGACCAGCCGUGUCCUAAGUGGACUGUCAGCGAGUGGAGUGAGUGCCAGGUCACUUGUGGUAAAGGGAAGAAGCACAGGCAGGUUUCGUGCAUUGGUGCGGCCCGGGAAGAAAAGCUGAGUGAGCAUUUGUGCGACUCGUCAAGCAAGCCUCCCUCAGUCGGGACCUGUGAGCUGCCUGAAUGCGCAUCCUGGCAGGUUGGCGCGUGGGGAGCGUGUGCAGUCACCUGUGGCCAUGGCUACCAGAUGCGGGCAGUGAGGUGUGUAUCAGGGGACUAUGGAAACACAGUGGAUGACAGAGAGUGCAACGCCGCCGCCAGGCCUAGAGACAGUCAGGACUGUGAAAUGCCAGCGUGCCCAUGGGCCUCUCCGGUUCAAAGCACACCUCCACCUGACAACUCUGCUCAGCUCCGGACUCAGUGGAGAUAUGGCUCAUGGACAGCAUGCUCUGCAACAUGUGGAAAAGGGAAGCGGGCGCGCUAUGUCAGCUGCAGAGAUGCCCAGGGGGGCGUGGCCGACGAUUCCUAUUGCGUCCACCUGCCCCGACCACCGGAGACCUCUGCCUGCUUCAGCCCCUGUGGCCAAUGGCGUGCCGGGGAGUGGUCUCCCUGUUCCGUGACAUGUGGUGCCGGAAGGUCCACCCGACAGAUCUUAUGCUCCAACUAUCACCUGCCCGUGGAUGAGUCCUUCUGCGACCCAGACGAGAAGCCUGCGAUGGAGCAGGAGUGCACUGCUGUGGCCUGUUCCUCGAUCCGCCAGCGCAUCAAUGACCAGCCGUACGGAUACCCCAAGGACCCGAGGAGCCAUCCAGGCCACAACAGCUGGAAUGUGCCGUCAACGGACAACCAGUGGAGGACUGGACCGUGGGGCGCAUGUUCCAGCACCUGCGCGGGGGGCUUCCAGAGGCGAGUGGUGGUCUGCCAGGACGGCGAUGGUCGCAGCAACAGCUACUGUGACGAAAGGGUCAAACCGGCGGAGUCCAAAAGCUGCAACUCAGGGCCCUGCCCGCUGUGGAACUACGGCGUCUGGGGAGAGUGCACUCAGAGUUGCGGAGGUGGACGGCGAACCCGUCUGGUGGUUUGCCAGAGACCCAGCGGCGAGCGGCUCAAUGACUACAACUGUGACAUCCUGGACAAGCCGCUGGACAUGGAGCAAUGCAACCUGCAGCCUUGCGUGGGCUCCGCCUCCUGGCACCGCAGACCAUGGAAGCCGUGUUCUGUGUCCUGUGGGCGGGGCAUCAAGCAGCGGGAGAUCACCUGUGUGGAUCAGAACCAAACCAAAAUAGAAGAGGAACACUGCGCUCCCCUUCCUCGUCCCCGGGCCGAGAAAGCCUGUCGGGCCCGCGGUUGCCCCACGUGGAAAGCCAACAGGUGGAGCAAGUGUUCCGUCACAUGCGGAAUGGGAAUCCAGAGCCGAGGCGUUUACUGCAGGCUCAAAGGCAGCGGAAAGGUCAGAGAAGAUCUAUGUGAUGCUCCAUCACGGCCUGCCGUUAUCCAGGGGUGCCAAGCUGCAGAAUGCACCCAUUACACUUGGGUUGCCGCUCCGUGGAAAGAAUGUAAUGCCACCUGUGGAGGCGGUGUGAGGAGCAGGAAGGUGGACUGCGUGGGUCCGAGGAUGACCCCGGCGCAGGUGGAUUACUGCGAACCGGCGUCCCGACCGGCGUCACGUCAGCCGUGCGAAGCCGUGCCGUGCCGCCACGUGUGGACUACGGGGGAGUGGUCGCAGUGCUCCUCUAGCUGCGGCAUUGGCUACCAGCAGCGUGCCGUCUCCUGCUCGACGACACCUUCCUCUCAGGCUACAAAUCCUUACGCCACUGGGUCAGCCGCCACAGGUAACCAUUGCCCGGAACCCAGGCCUCUGAGCACUAGGCCGUGCCUCAUCAAAGACUGCCCGCAGGCCUCCUACUGGAAAGUUGGCCCUUGGCGCAAGUGCUCUCAGACGUGCGGGGCAGGGGUGAUGGAGCGCAGUGUGGAGUGUGUGACCGCAAAAGGAGCAGCGUCUAAGCAGUGCCGUCCUUCAGAAAGACCAGAGUCUCAAGCUGCGUGUCAAGAGGGCGAAUGCCAGUUGUUCACUUCCUGCCGUGAGGUCCAGAUACGACAGAGUGUCAGAAUGGACGGGGAAUAUUAUCUCAAAGUCAAGUCCCGCAUCCUACAGAUUUACUGCGCAGAAAUGCAAACUGAUUUCCCUAAGGAAUAUGUGACACUUCGCAGUGGCCAGACGGACAAUUACUCGGAAGUGUACGGCUACAGGCUCCUAAACCCCUUCGAAUGCCCCUACAAUGGUAGCAGAAGACAGGACUGCAACUGCAGGAAUGACUACACCGCGGCGGGGUACACCCUCUUCCACAAGGUCCGCCUGGACCUGACCAACCUAAGGAUAUUGCUUACCGACCUGCGCUUUUCCCAAACUCCUGUUGGUCGACCUGUGCCUUUUGCUACAGCAGGGGACUGUUACAGUGCCGCAAAGUGUCCACAGGGCCAGUUCAGCAUCAAUCUAAUUGGCACUGGGUUCAGAGUUGCUGAGGCCACCAAAUGGUCAUCUCAGGGCAACUAUGUUUCUGUCAAGGUACACAGGUCCGAGGACGGGACGAGAAUCUACGGCCGCUGUGGCGGUUUCUGCGGGAAAUGCAUUCCGCAGGCACACAGCGGCCUCCUUCUUCAAGUCCAUUGA